AUGUCUGUCUCAACACUUUAUCCUAUAAGGCCAUGUUCACACAGGCUUGACCGCGAUAGUUUCAGGCUAAUGUUUCUGGAACGAGGAGGGUGGGACUUACCUUUACGAUGCCAACUAGUUACGAAGAAAUUAAUGGAAGUAUCGGGAUAUCAAGCACUCUCCUAUGCUUGGGGCUCUCCAGCCGUAACUAGACCAAUCAUUGUCAACGAUAUGAAUAUGACGAUUACGAUAAACCUGGACAUAGCACUGAGGCACUUGAGACGAGAAGAUUCCGAUAUUUUGCUCUGGGUUGAUGCUUUGUGUAUUAAUCAAGCCGACCUUGACGAACGAGAAGCCCAAGUACAGAUCAUGAGCCAGAUCUAUCGUCGUGCUGAAAAUGUAAUUGUGUUUCUUGGUGACGGAACUACUCAUGCCUCUGGUCGUCUUCAGGAAUCAAGACCGCAAGAGUUCCUGUUCCACGACGACUUGUACGAUAGUCAAUACAUAUAUAAAGGUUUCGGCAUCUUUUGCCUCAUUAGCCUGUUUGCUCAGCAAGAAAGCCAACAUAUACGGGCAUUGGCAUCCCUCAAAAAAAGGAUUUUACAGGCAAUAUUUGAAGAUCUUCGGAUGAUGCUCUUAAGUCGGUGGUGGAAUCGCAUGUGGGUUUUCCAAGAGGUCAUAGUAUCAAAAAGGGUUGUUCUCCAGUAUGGCUGUUCAGUGGCUCCAUUAGAGCUAUUCAUUCGCGCAGCGCGGAAUAUUCAAAUUUUGAAUAUGAAGGAUUCGCUAUACAAGAAAUUGUCUUCCGAUAACAUCAAAGUACUACGUUGGUUUACGGAAAAUCUUAUCAAUAUCCAGGAAAGCCGGCGCCUACACACCUCUGUUAGCUAUGGCAAUACCGACGAAGAUUCGGUUGGUAAAUUGUUGCUCACACUGCUACGAGCAACGGGUAGCCGUAAAGCCUCCGACGAGCGAGAUAGAGUAUAUGCACUUCUUGGUCUUCUACCUGUCAAUCUCGGAAUCUCCCCCAAUUACCGUGUGGCAACCCCUUGGGUUUAUACCGAGGUUAUCCGUAACAUUAUAGCAACAACUAGAAGCCUUGACGUACUUUGCGGAGACCUUGGACGAAAGAAUAGGGGGGAUCUCCCAUCGUGGGUACCUGACUGGAGCGCCAUCAGCCACAACGAAGAAAUUCGCCGCACGAAGGUCACUACAAGUUCGGACGGUGUGCCUGAAAUCUUUGAUCAACUCGGUUUACACUCUUGGCAUCCUCCCACAAGCAAAGAUGAGAUGGAUAAGAGGCCUGCCUAUGAAAAGCCUACCUAUAGGCCUCAGUUUGGUCGCUUAACCAUUACUGGAGUUUGCAUUAGCCGUAUAAGAUACCAUAGCGACCAGUUUCUUGACCUCACAGAUGUGAGGCGACUCAAGGCACUCUUAAUCCAAUGGGCUAACGACUCAAACAAACCUUAUAAAAGUGAAAAUCCCAUCAUCACUCAAAUUCAUACACACAAGCUGAGAUCCUUGAUUUUCAAUUUGAAAUUCGUUUCCGGGGAGUUUAAAAGGCUCGAAGACGGAGACGAAAGACAUUUACGGAUGUGGUUUGACGCCAAGACAUCAUCGGAUAACCAAGCCUAUCAGGAUAUCUUAGGUUUCGAUUAUGUACUGAAAUUUAUGUCCACUAGACGACGUUUAUUCCUGACUGACAACAAUACUUUAGGGUGGCGUCCUGACGGCUUGAAAGCUCAUGAUAUAAUAUAUGUUCUGCCUGGUGGUAGGACCCCUUACGUACUUCGAAAUGCCGAUCAUAGGAUAUUCUACAUGAAAAUAGAUAUGGAAAUGAUCGGUGAUUCCUAUCUUCACGAUGCCAUGGAUGGGAAAUAUCUGAAACUUUCAAAUACGACUGACCAAGCAACUAGAAUCAUUCAAGAGGACUGCAGAUACGAAUUCACCGAUAUCGAACGCCUGUUUAGACGAGAAUUCCACGAUAUCAUAAGCAAAUAUGCACUCGAUAUCCGGGAUCAAAUAUUGAAUUACCUUGAUUAUCCGGCGUGUCUCGUGUAA